AUGCCCUUGACCGACCACCGGCAGGGUGUGUGCUCUCGAGUUCGCUCCUGCGAGGCGCUGGCCGUGAGCUCCGUUCAGGAGACGGAGCAGUGGCAUUUCACUUGGGGCGGAGAGAGCGCCUCCCCAAACCGGCACCUCGGCGACACUCCGAAGCACCCGUCAGCUCCCUCCAGUUCUCGCUCUUCAUUGUUGCUGCGCCGAGACCAGAAGCCCACCAGCCCGUUGGAGGAAAUGGGUCCCACACCAGGCCUGAGAAACGGUGAAACCGGCCCUGACGGCCGCCUCGCCACUGACCCUGGCCCCGCCACAGAGCUGCAGGCUCAGAGAAGCGCCUCCGGACCCCAGAGUGUUUUCCUGGCGUCCGCGUCCUAA